AUUGCUAUAACCUAUUCAUCAUCACCACCAUCCUUGAUCCGUUGAAGCUUUCGGUUUUAACCUAAAAAUUUAUGACAGCGGUGUCUAUCUGCUGCUUUUGGUGAUACUAUAGAUGGCAGGAAGGAACCGCAGUCAUCGGGAAGGAUUUGAGCGUCAUCGCAGUCACAUUGUAGGAGGGCAUCUUGUUCGUAGUCCUCCGCGCCGACCCUUGCCUCCUCAUCCUGCUGUAUUAGAGGAAGAACUUGAAAUCCAACAUGUUGAAAUUCGUCGACUUUUGGGCGAAAACCGGAGACUGGUUGAAGAUCGCGUCGCUCUACAGCAGGAGUUGGGUGCUGCCAAGGAUGAUCUGCAUCGCCUAAAUCGUGCUAUAGCAGAUAUUCAGGCCGAACAUGAGCUUCGUUCCAGGGAAAUUAUAGAUAGGGGUCUAAAGUUGGAAGCUGAGCUUCGAGCCUUCGACUCCCUAAAAUACGACGCUAAACAGCUCCGGACAGAAGUUCACAGGCUGAAUAACAUAAAGAAGGAUCUCGAUGAGCAGGUGGAGACAUUGACAAAAGAUAUUUCUAAACUGAGAGCUGAUAACCAACAGAUUCCGAGUUUGAGGGUGGAAGUUGAUGGCUUAAGUCAGGAGCUUUUUCAUGCUAGAUCUGCUCUUGAUUAUGAAAAGACUGUGAAAAUGGAAUUGUUAGAGGAAAGAGAGGGGAUGGAGAAAAACAUGGCAUCAAUGGCACAGGAAGUGGAAAAGCUGCGUUCUGAACUUGCAAAUUCUGAGGGUAGAUCUUGGGCUGCAGGUGGAUCUUAUGCAAUGAAUUUCAGCACUUCUGACCGCAAUUUCCAUGAACCUUAUGGUGAGGGAUAUGGUGUUCAUCUGGGUGCUUCCAACAAGGGUCAUUUGUAUGGUGCUGACUCAGCUUCACGGGGAGGACCAGAGAAAUCGAGAACAUCUCGCCGUUAAAAUAUUCACAUCCUUUAAUCUGCUGUCCUGUAUAAGCAGGAGCCAGAAGUAUCUCAUGUCUUCAAUUUAUCAAAGACGAUCGGCUGGUUUUCGGUGCAGUCCCAUUUAGUAAACUUCACAUAUCUGAAGAGACUCUUGAGGUUGAGGUUGAGUAUGUUAGAUAAAGGUAAUUUUGGGGCAGCUCUCUUGGAAUUCUUCGCUGCAUGUGGCCGUUGUCGGUUCGUAGUGACAGAAUCUACACACUGUGAAGGAGUUUAUCAGGUUCAUGGUUGUAAUCGAGCUACCUGUGGGGCUAUAAGAAGCACUGGCUACUGAGUCUAGAUAACAAAAGGGAUAACAGAAGAUAACUGAUUAAUUUAUCUGGACCACACUGUCUGAAGUGGAGAGCUUAUCCGUCGGAUUGGCUGAUUGGUCAAGUUUGAAAAAGAAUUACACAGACCUUAAAGGAUUAUUUGGUACACAGGUGAAACCAGAAAGUUCCAUGUUCUUACCUUCUUCCAUCAGCUUUGUUCAUGUUACAAAAAUUGGUAAGUCUGUUAGUUAAUUUGAAUUCCAUCCAGCUAGUUUUGAUUAAUUCUGAGGCAAAAGAGAAUUGACAAAUCCAGUGUUGUCUAUUCUUUCAUAAGGACUAUGUGCGUUGUGCAAUGGUCUUGACAAUUUUCCGUUGUACCCACUAUGAAAAGGAACCCUUUGACAACAAGGGUACAGUAGAAAUCAUUCACUUCUGUACACCGUCCUUAUGGUAGAUGAUAUACAACAUACAUUACAUUAAGCUAUCACUUAUACAAGGAAAUUAACACUGU